CAUUAAGAUCAGUUGCAUUAAAAGUAUUAAAUGUGUUAUUGCUUUGUAUAUUAUAUUGUAUUGACAAAUGAAUAGCUAUAUUUGUAAUAAAUGUUAUUCUACGAAAAGCAAAAGAAAGAAAGCAUUUAGAAUAACUCAAUGUGGGCACAUAUUUUGUGGCAAUUGUCUAGACGAAGGUAUGAGACCUUGCCCAAGAUGUAAUAAUGGAGAAAUUGCAUCGUUGCAAUUGGAAGAACCGUUAUUACCUAAAAUAGCAUCUUUGUUCAUUCCUCUAAAUGAAGCUAUACAACCAUUACCUGAAAUAGCAAAUUUCCAAAGUGCACAAACUAAAAUUAUUCUAAGACGUUUUUAUCAAAUUGAUAGAAAAUAUAACUUAUUGAAAGAAGAAUAUCAUAAGCUUGCACAAAAUAUGCAAAUAAUAACUGAAAAGUAUCGUAAACUUCGAGAAAAUAUGGAAGCAAUUAAUAUGAAAUUUGCAUAUCCUAGCAAUGUAAUUUCUAAUAAUCCGUCUACCUAUAAUCGUAGAGACAUGCUUAUCGAUGCAAAAAGAAUGCACAUUGAUAGUUUUACACCAAAUUUGAGAUCAUGCAACAAGAGUGUAAGAUUCACUCCAUCAACGAAUCAAAGCAUAUACGAGAAACUUCGUAAAGCUACAAUUUCGUCAAAUGGACCAACAAUUCGUUAUUACAAUACGUGCUCAAUCAAUAAUCGCAAGUGAUUAAUGAAGAAAAAAAAAAUGGAUUAUAUUUUAGUAGUAAAUGUAUCAAAUAUAAGUUAAGCUUUUUCUAAUUAUAAAUAAAUAAAUAGUUUCAGAGUUAU